UAAAGGACGUAAGGGAUUGCAAAAGAAAGAAAAAGAUCGAAUUAAAUUCAUUCACUCAUUCAUUUAUUAUCAUUAGGUAAACAACAGAACACAAAGAAAGAAAGAAAGAAAGAAAAAAAUUUCCGAAUCAUCGAUGGGUGGUAAAUCUGGCGUAGUUUGGAUUUUGCUGCCGCUGAUCGCCGCCGCGUCGUGUCUGUUAUCGCCGGCGACGGCGAAUUCGACGACGAUAUACGAGGAGCUCCGGGCGCAGGGUCUUCCGGUGGGGCUUCUCCCGAAGGGAAUCGCGAAGUACUCGCUGAACGCUAGCAGCGGGGAAUUCGAGGUGUGGAUGAAGGAACCGUGCAACGCGAAGUUCGAGAACGAGGUGCACUACGACUCCAACAUAAAGGGUGUUCUAGGGUACGGUCGGAUCGGGAAAUUAUCCGGUGUGUCGGCGCAGGAGCUCUUCCUGUGGUUUCCCGUGAAGGGAAUUAGGGUUGAUGUUCCGACCUCGGGGCUCAUUCAUUUCGAUGUUGGUGUUGCGGAUAAGCAGUUCUCCCUCUCGCUCUUUGAAGAUCCUCCUGAUUGUAACCCCCAGGCCCAGGUUAAUGUUGGUGGUGGUGAAGGUGAGCGGAGGGCUGCUUGGUAGAAGAAGAUAGGAGGAAUGUUGCCGCAUUUCAAAUACAGCUCAAUCGGCCCCUCUAUGCCAGUGGUUGGUCUUCAUUGAUAUAUAUAUAUAUAUAUAUAUAUAUAUAUAUAUAUAUACACAUAUAUAUGAUGUACAGUGCGGUCUUUUUCAUAUCUGCUGUUUUGAUUGAAUCAAUCGCCUGUCUCAAGGGACAAAGGAUGACAAUUUUGGUGGUCGGCAAGCAUAUGGGUUUUUUUUGGCAAAAUCUGUUACAGAAAAGGAUGUAGGGUUAGGUUGGUUUUGCUAAUAUACUAAGGUUUUACUAUCUGUAUUUGGGUCUUGUUAUUGUGCAUAUAAAUGUUUCAGACUGUUGUUAGAUUCAACUAUAUUAAAUAAAACAACAUAAUCUGUUAGGUGGUUCUUCUAUUAUGAUUUUUUUAUUAUCAA